AUGGGGUUCUGCGCGAAGGGCCUAAAAUUAUACUAUAGCACUGUGCUCUGUACUAUGCGACCUGACCUGUUCAGGGGAACCAGCAUGGGAUCAUGCAAGCCAGCUGCGGGCGGACGGCUCAAGCGUAAAGUGCAUCGUCGGAAAACGCCAGGAUCGUGCAUCUCCUGUUUAGGGGGUUCCAAGCAAAGCAAAGCAAAGCAACAAGAAACAAAGUACAUAGUAAAAACCAAGAAGGCUACUGUCGCAACAGCCAUCUCCUCGGCUGGCUGGAUUCGUCUCAAGCACCAGAAUCGCCGUUACAGCUUUUUCAUGAAGCCCUUGAUCCAUCUCGCGCCCUCCACUUCGACCUCGUCACCCUCGCUUGUCGCCGGCGCCAUCACCGAUGUUGGGCCACGCUUCCAGCAUCCAGUACAUCUUCGGGAAAUCGUCAUCAUUGAUGAUGACUUCAGGUGUCUCAGCAUCUCUGCAGUCAUGGUUUCCAUGAUUGUCAGAGGAGAAAUCUGGUCAUUGAGAGUUCAUUUGUUCAGACAGGAUCUUCGUGUUGAGGGGUCGGAUGGUCCUGAUCAUAUUCAUACUCAUGUGGGCGCCGGUGGCGGCAAUUUCCUUGUACAUGAUUUCCUAAAUCUGAAAGUCGAAUAUGGGUGCAUAUUGCGCAAGGGUAGGGUGUCGAAUCCAGAAGACCCUUCAAAUAUGUACUGA